AUGGGGUAUGAUGGGCUGACGGGGUAUGAUGGGCUGACGGGGUACGAUGGGCUGGCAGGGUACGAUGGGCUGACAGGGUAUGAUGGGCUGACGGGGUACGAUGGGCUGACGGGGUACGAUGGGCUGGCGGGGUAUGAUGGGCUGACGGGAACCUUCCAGAGCCAGCCACGAGGGCAGGCCCUGCCCCUCUCACAGGCUCGGCAAGGUGUGUCCUCACCACCCUCCCCAGAGCCAGGACCAGUCCAGGCCCAGCUCAGUCAGAAGGACUCACGCAGGGGGCGAGGCUCAGGGCACCCUGAGCGGUCAGCUCCGAGCACAGCCCUGCGGGGCAGGAGGAUGGGCAGGGGGUACCCUGCAGCCCGGGGGCACCCUGCAGCCCCAGAGCACCGGCUUCAGCACCUGCUGGCUCUGGCUCUGAGCCUCCUUCUCACGUGUGAUCCAGCUCUCACUGGUGGUUCUACAGUGCCGCCUUCACUCCCGUGGCGCAGCCUGACUUCAGAGACCACCGAAACCCCAACAAACUCAGCCAAUAUAGGCAGCAGCCUAACAACCACCCAAGGUACCACCCAUCUGCCCAUACCAACAUUGGCUUCAUCUGAGACAUCCACACGUUUCAUUCUAACUGGGGAAACUCUUCCGAUCUCCAUUUCAUCAGAAGAGACCCAGACAGCUGGCAGCUCAAGUGUUCCGGGAAGGACGCACUCAUCUUUGGCACUGGGUACUUCUACCAUCACUGAAACUUCAGAUACCCAAACCUCUGGCUUCCAGGAGCACACCAGCCUGGGAUUGACCCCACUGAACGCUGAAGGGACAGCAAGGCCUGUCCACACCAUCAGCUCCUCAUGUGGGGCCACAGACUCAUCGAACAUCCCCACAACCAGGAUGCUGCCUUCUGAACUGGCAGGGACUGCCCGCAAUGAUGGCCACUCCAGUGUUUCUCCAUUUACCAUAUCUAGCUCCACAGGAAGCAUGACUCCACUGCCCGUCACUCCAACAGAGACUAAGAACUCUAGGGAGAGCUCAUGA